AUGACGCCCCAAGGUGCCCCACCCCAAGGUGCCCCACCCCAAGGAGCCCCACCCCAAGGUGCCCCACCCCAAGGUGCCCCAUUCCAAGGUGCCCCACCCCAAGGUGCCCCACCCAAAGGUGCCCCAUUCCAAGGUGCCCCACCCCAAGGAGCCCCACCCCAAGGUGCCCCACCCCAAGGUGCCCCACCCCAAGGUGCCCCACCCCAAGGUGCCCCACCCCAAGGAGCCCCACCCCAAGGUGCCCCACCCCAAGGUGCCCCACCCCAAGCUGCCCCAUUCCAAGGUGCCCCACCCCAAGAAGCAGGAAAAGGAGAUGAAAAAUGUGACACAACAAUCAGCUAG